GGGGGGGGCGCUGGGGCCGCGGCGGUUUGUAAACUUGUCGGUGCGGCGGGCGGCGCGGAGCGGAGCGCGGAGGGGCCGCGGCAGGCUCCAGCCGGGCAGGCGAAGACCCGCAGCAGCGUUCUCCCCGCGCGGAGCCGGCACCCGUCCCCGAGCGGAGCGGGGCUGGGGAUGUCUCCGCUGUAAGAGCGGUGCGGGCAGUCCCCGUCCUGCCUAGCCCUGCCGGCCCUCCCAGGGCUGAGGAGGAACCGCCUCGACGCGCCCGCGGCACCGGGUUCCCCGAUCCCAGAAAGAUGUCGGCAAAGUGGAGGGUACUGGACAAGACCAGCAAAAAAAUGAUUAACUGAAACAGUCUUUCUAACCGUAAAAUUCUUUCCUGGGAGAGAAUUAAGGCUAAAGAAUUGUUACAAUCCGUUUGUUGAGGACAGACAGACACAAGAUGGCUCAGGCGAGCCUCCUGGCCUGCGAAGGCCUCUCUGGAGUGUGCCUCGUGCCAACGGUGGCCAGCAAGAAGAUGAUGCCAAAACAGAGCUCUAAACAGGCGGAGAACGGGGAGAGAGGAAGCAGCCCGGACGUGCUGGGUCUCCGUCCGGACGGCGAGAAGUCUCGCAGCCGCAAAGAGGAGGAGACAGCCGAAGCUUCGCAGCCAAAAAAGUCCAUUAAAAAGCGUCGUGAGCGGGCGGCCGGCGCCGAAGGACAGAGCCGCUCCUCGCUGAGAGGAUCUCGACUCGACAGCCAGGUGGUGGUGAUUGAACAGAACGGCUCCUUCCAGCUGAGGAUCCCCAAGAACUUCAUCUGCGAGCACUGCUACGGGGCCUUUCGCAGCAGCUACCACCUCAAGAGACACAUCCUCAUCCACACGGGCGAGAAGCCCUUCGAGUGCGACGUGUGCGACAUGCGCUUCAUCCAGAAGUACCACCUGGAGCGCCACAAGCGCGUGCACAGCGGGGAGAAACCCUACCAGUGCGAGCGCUGCAUGCAGAGCUUCUCCAGGACAGACAGGCUGCUUAGACACAAACGAAUGUGCCAAGGUUGCCAAACCAAAACCCCUGACUCGCAGCUGCUGCUCUAGGAGCCGAGAUGACCCCUCGCAAGAGCCGGGACACGGACGAGAUCUCUGGGUUUUUUCCGUCUGGUUUUGCCUGCUCCAGCUCCCCGCUGCGGAGCGGGGAGGGGAGAGCGGGCCACUCUCCUAGACUUUCAGAUGAGGUCCUGACACUGUACAUAAGCUGAAGAUGAUCUGGAAUCUUUUCCCAACCAGCAGAAGCCACGGGCAGCUGUGUAUAAACCUUCCUUUUGUUUUCCCCCUUUGUUUUGAAGUACCACCAUUUGCCUCUCAGGAAAGGCUUUGAGCAACAAGCAGGCCUAAACAGAACAAAGUAGCGACACUUGCUUCAAACCCUUACCGCUUCCUUUCGGCCGAUGGACGGGUUCACGCAGACACUAGGCUCUCAGGUAGGAAGUCUAGCGGGGAGGGACCUUCUUUAACCCCAUUUUCCAAGAAAAGAGAGAGAGCAAAAGUUCGAAAGGCCGUGGAGGCUUUUGAUUCAGGUAUGAAAGGCAGGGGCCCAUCCCAGCUGCAGGCUGCCGCUCUGAGGUCUGCAGCUCUUUCCUUUUCAUUUCUAGUCUCUGCGCGUGUUCGUGGCUGUUCGCUUCUCUUGCCUCCACCCCCCUGCUCCACCCGCAAAGAGCGGGCAGAGGUGGUGGGGUAGGGGAAGAGGCGGCAGCGCUGGGGGAGAGCCGU